AUGGCACAUACCAAGUCUGCCAGUAAAGGUGUCAGGAAGGUUUACUUAGAAAGACUUGUGAUUUACGCCAAAAUAGACAUUGGCCCCACGAACUGGAAACGAGUUGUCUUGGGGGCCAUUCUUCUUGCCUCCAAGUAUUUGCACGAACUGAUUGUACGGAAUGUGUUCUUCUGCAGAGUCAUGAAGAACAUUACCCUUAAGGACCUGAAUGAGUUGGAAAAGCAAUAUAUAUAUCUACUCCAGUUUAAUCUUUAUGUCUCUGCCAGUGUCUAUGCCAAAUACUAUUUUGACCUUCGGACCUUAGCAGGUGACCACGGACUGCCUAUUGUAUUUGCUCCUCUUCGAAAAGAAAGAGCACAGAAGCUGGAGAUGGAAAUAUUGGCAGUGAAGACAGUUCUCUCUCAGAUGCCCUUGUUCUGGAGGAUGGUGGCAAGUCCAAGAUCAAGGUGCUGGUCAGGCACUGCAGCUAAGAGCACUGCUCCUGGGCAUGAUGAACACCAAAUACUCCACACUGGCCGAGGAUUGCUCAUCCAAGAAGUUCCAAGGACUAACUUCAAAGGAAACUGACUCCAGCAACCAGACAGUCCAGCUCCAGGAGACUUGAUGACUUCCAUCCAUGAAAACCGGACCUCCACUUGACCAGCUUCAAGAUAAUCAUCAGAAUAGACUGUGCUGACUUACACAUAGAGAACUUUCAACUCCCCUCCCCAUGAUUUUUUUGUUCUGCUUUCCCUCUCCCUCCUUGUAAAACCCCUGCCUGCACUGAGAUGUAAAGGUGGUCUUUAGGACAGGAGUCCGCCAUCUGCUCAGGCUGCUGGCAUUUGAAUAAACUGUCUU